AUCCGCGGUCACUCUGCACACCGAGUAAAUUGUAAAUAUUCGUAGGAACAGGAAUUCGGUAAAAAAUGAAUUGUUGCAUUUGCCAGUUUUCUGUGCGUGUUUCAAAAAAUAUACAUACUGAGACAGUAGGACGUCCGCCAGUUCUUCUCAGUGAAUUGGUUCUACAGUGCACAAAGGGCACAAAUUACGAGCUGCGCGAGGAGGCGUCGACGAUAUGCAAAAAAUGUUGUGAGAAGUUGACACGGUACCACAAGUCAAUACAAAUCGCCAGAAGGCUGCGUCUGGAGAUCUUGGAGCUGAUAAACAGUCCGUUUACCACAAAGAACCUUAGAAGGGUGGCGUCGAAGAGCGACAUCCAAGUGGAGCACAUCGACAAAUUCGAUGGCCAUGGAGACGUGAUCGAAGCUGAAGAGGAGGAGUACUUGGACCAUGAAACAGAGACAGUCGAGACAGUUGAGGACACAGAUACAAUCACAGAGGAAGAAGAGGGUGAAGAGCAUUCUUUCAUUUUAAAGGAUGCGAUUUUCGAAGAGGAAGACGAGUUUCAGUCGGUCGACCUAGAGCUAGAUAUUGAUAACGAGAUCAUUAUAAAUGAUGUGGAGGCUUUGGAAGAAGGGGAAAUGCAGCUCAACGAGGAACCAGGCGAAGCCGAACUAUUCAAGGAGGAGACGAUGAGUGAUUUUGAUGACCACCUAGAGAACACAAUUGAAUUUCUAGACUCAGAUGUCGAAGAUGACCAAGACCAGGACAGCUCGAGCGAAUACACCGUAAAUAUUCAGUGCCCGAGUUGUCCCGAAAAGUUUGGCAGCCGGCGCGGCUACAAUGCCCACACAAAGCGCGAGCACUUUCCUGGUUACGUCUGUGACCAGUGCGGGAAGACCUUGCAAUCGUAUUCCGGUUUCAUUGGGCACCUGCAGAAUCACGAGCCUGUCAAACAGUUUGCCUGCCCCGAGUGCCCCGAACGCUUCAGUCGCAAAUUCCGACUGAAACAUCACAUGGCCUGGCACACCGGAGAGACGCCCUACCAGUGCGAGGUGUGCUCCAAGCGCUUUGUCCAUAAAGUGGCCCUCUACAAGCACAAAAUGAUUCACGACAACGAGACGAAGCGGCUCGAGUGCAAGGUGUGCGGAUUCAAGACCCGAACGAAAGCCCAUUUGGAGCGGCACACGCGCUCUCACACCGGAGACAAGCCGUUCGCUUGCCCCCUGUGCAACAAGCGUUUCUCUCAAAUGUACAACAUGAAGGCCCAUCUGCGCGAGCACGAAAGUCCUGGCACCAAUAGACAUAGGCGUUUCCACUGCCCCAAAUGCACCCACACCUUCAUCAACGAACAGAACUACGCAAGCCACGUAGAGCGUAACGACUGUACCGCCGUUUAGAGAUCACAUCGAUUUGAGAUACUUCACUUUACUUGGAGACUAUUAUUUAGAUUACAGCAUGUGGACAGGAGACAGUGGGGAUGGAUGCGAAUCUCCACCACCAUUCUCUCCGAAUGAAAUCAGUUCAAUUAUGUUCUAUCCAUGUAAUGUUUUUUUUAUUAAAUCUAUAUGCAUUUCACAAAUAAAAUAUGUUUGAUAUAAUAAA